UAUAUAACAAAAUUGUUUACACAUUUACUUAAAUGGUUGACAAAAUUAAUAGUUUUUAGUGUAAAGUUUAACAUAAAAAAAUGAGUUCCUCUUUAUUAGCAAUAAUUAAAAUAAUUGUCGCUAUAAUUGCGAUUAUACUACUGGUUAAUGGCGGCUACGAGUGCCGGCCGUUUACAUAUAUAAUCCCAUCACCGUAUGGCACACAAAUUGUUAGCCAUGGUCUCGGUAUUGAUGGUUCACAUUUCGUGGCGUCCAAUGGUCCGGGAUAUGCCUAUAAUAGUUACGUGUCAUCCAGUCCAAACAAUGACUAUCACUAUAAUGCAAUGUCUAGCGGAACGGGAUUUGUAGCGCCGGGAUCAAAUUAUUUUGGUGGUAUGAAUAUGGGCAUGGGUAUGGGUAUGGGUAUGGGCACCGGUAUGAUGCCAAUGAUAAAACCAAUGCAACCAAUGAAGUGGUGGCCAUCCAUUUUUGGUAACAGCCAUCAUAGUGGUGGUCACGAACAUCAACAGGAAAUGGGAACUGGAUUUAAAUGGUGGCCAUCAAUUUUUGGCAAUGAUGAUUAAUUUUUAUUAAUAUAUAGCUAUUUAAUUUUAAUAAUUAUUUU